CGUCAUUGGUCGGUUCAGCCCCAGCUGUUGGCUUUACUUCCGCGAUCACAAUGGCUAGGCAUUGUACGGUCAAAAUAUUCGUUUUAUUGAGCUUAUUUAAUUUAUCUUUUCUAGUCAGCACUAAUAAUAUCGAGGACAAAGCAGGUCAGUUCUUCAAUAGUGGACAUACUAACAACUGGGCAGUAUUGGUGUGCACUUCUAGAUUCUGGUUCAACUACCGUCAUGUGGCCAACACCCUCUCAGUCUACCGCAGCGUCAAGAGGCUGGGGAUCCCGGACAGCCGCAUAGUUCUGAUGCUGGCAGAUGAUAUGGCUUGUAACCAUAGAAACCCAAAGCCUGCCACAGUCUUCAGCCACAAGAACAUGGAGCUGAACGUUUACGGUGACGAUGUGGAGGUGGACUACCGCGGCUAUGAGGUGACGGUGGAGAACUUCCUGCGUGUCCUGACUGGCCGGCUCCCCGCCAGCACGCCUCGCUCCAAGCGGCUUCUCUCGGACGACCGCAGCAACAUCCUCAUCUACCUGACCGGUCAUGGCGGGAACGGCUUUCUGAAGUUCCAGGACUCCGAGGAGAUCAGUAACGUAGAGCUGGCCGACGCCUUCGAGCAGAUGUGGCAGAAGAGAAGGUACAACGAGCUGCUGUUCAUCAUCGACACGUGCCAGGGCGCCUCCAUGUACGAGCGCUUCUACUCCCCCAACCUGAUGGCUCUGGCCAGCAGCCAGGUCGGAGAGGACUCUCUGUCUCACCAACCCGACCUGGCCAUCGGCGUGCACCUGAUGGACCGCUACACCUUCUACCUGCUGGAGUUCCUGGAGGACAUCCACCCCUCCAGCACCACCAACAUGAACCAGCUGUUCAAGGUGUGCCCCAAGAGUCAGUGUGUGUCCACCCCGGGCCACCGUACCGACCUUUUCCUGAGGGACCCAGGACGUGUCCUCAUCACGGACUUCUUCGGAAGCGUCCGCAAAGUGGAGAUCACCAUGGAAACCAUCAACCUGUCGAGCCCCAUGGAGCCUUUGCCAGAGAGGAUACUGUCUGAGGACCGGCAGAGAGAAACGCAGUACUAUGUGGACCAAUUGCCGGUGUCUGGGAUCAUCCAUCAGGUGAACACACGCACGCACGCACGCACACGCACGCACGCACGCACACGCACGCACGCACGCACACGCACACGCACACGCACACACACACACCCUCCCCCCCAUUGUUCUGGAACACGUUCAUAUUAUAAAGUGCACCAACUUCGACACUCGGCUGACAGUGACCUUCACACAUCACCUCUUUCCUUCUCUUUAGAAAAGUUUUUCCAUUUACGUACCUUUUUAAAAUCUCCCACGUUGGCACUUGUGCUAAAGCAGCAAAAGGAACCACAUUAAUCAUCUUUGCUGAGGACGUGAGGACAAAUUAUGGCUGCAUGCGGUUUUUGUUCUUUUCUUUCCGAUCACGUCUGGGCGCGACAUUUUUAGGUUUCGGGGGCCAAUUCCCUACGAGGAAGGACUUUUUCUGUGCUCAUAUUUGGGUUACCCUUGGCAAGAACCACAGUCCCGACAUCAUGCCCCCAUGCAUAUCUAAAUGGGAUUCUGCGGUAGAAGGAGAAUAUGAAUUUAAAACCAGGGAAUGUGCUUUCGUCUUCUCCAGAUUUGUUGCAAUUUACGACUAAUUCCUCCAAAUUUCUCGCUAUGACUAAUUUCUACAAAGUCGUCCCAAACAACGUCUCCGAUCGCACGUCCCUUGUGUCCCCCCAUCAAAGUUAACAUUAAAAACAUUAAAAUGAAAGGCCCUCUAUGCCAACGAAUGUCUUAAGCUGGCAUCGAGAAGGCUUCACAGAAUGUGACCCUUUGGCUCAUUUCUGUGUUCAGCGAGUGGCGCCGAUGUGUUGAGUGUCAACGGCUGAGCAUGACCCGAGCUGGUGCUCUCCCCAUGGCGUGUGUGUGUGUGUGUGUGUGUGUGUGUGUGUGUGUGUGUGUGUGUGUGUGUGUGUGUGUG